AUGGUGAGUGCUGUUGCUAAUAAUGCUCGGCAGGUGCAGGGAGAACAUGCUCAGAAUUUGGCCAGGGCUGGAGUUGAUCUUAAUAAUCUGCCAGUUUUGCAAGGUGGAACUGACACCAGAGUUUGGAUGCCAGAUUUAAAUGGUAAAUUCAAUGUACGAUCAGCAAAACAGCUUGUGAGGAAGCAAUAUCCAGUCUUGGAGGUUUAUGGCCUGUUGUGGAGGAAGGCUAUUCAUCCAAAGUUAGCUUUGGAUAACUGGAAAAUAAUAAGGGAGGCUUGUGCUACGUCUGACAAGGUUAGGAGCAGGUUUAAAAUUGAGCUGGCAAACAGAUGUUACCUGUGCAAAGCUGAAGAGGAAUCCUUAGAGCAUAUUUUGUGGAGCUAUUCUUAUGCUACACACAUUUGGGAGUGGAUUUCAGGUAUUUUCAACCUUCGGCCUUACUAUGAUAUUGUUACUGGUUACAAGUCUGCUAAAGGAAGAAGUAGGAUUGUUAAGGAUUUAUGGCUUUUAUCUAUUUUGGUCAUUCGUUCGGAGUUGUGGCAGACUAGAAACCUUGGAUAUUUUGAGAACAAAACAGUUACAAUUCAUUUUUUCAAGCAGCGAAUCUUUCAUUUGAUUCAUGAUUACUCAGUGCGUUUGAAAAGCUUUAUGCACAACACAACGUCAGAUUUGGAGAUCCUGAAUUUUUUCCGUGUAAAGCAUAGAGAGGUGAAGCAAACUAUGCCAGUCGAAUGUUUUUGGAUCCCUCCAGGCAGGGACGAGCUACUUUUGUGUUGUGAUGGCGCAGCCAAAGAAAAUCCUGGUGUUGCAGGUGCAGGGGUUAUUGCUCGUGAUCAUGAUUGUAAUUUUGUAGGGGCUAUGAGCAUUGGCCUGGGUAGAACAACUAACUUCUUGGCGGAGAUUUAUGUUGUGAUAGUUGGGCUGGAAUGGGCUAGGAAGUGGGAUUUUAGAAGAAUUUUAAUUCGCUCGGAUUCAAUGGGAGCGAUUAAAGCUUUUUCAGAUUCUAAUAUUCCUUGGUUUGCUAGGAAACGGUGGAGAAGUAUUCAACAGAGUUAUAAUUCAAUUCGGUUUGUUCACACUUAUCGUGAAGCAAAAUUUGUUGUUGAUUCCAUGUCCAAAAGAGGUUGUCUUCUUAGAAAUGGUGAAGGAUUGAAUUAUGAUGAGAGACCAUAUUUUCUAUAUUCUUUAGAAUUUCCUGAUGUCUGUUAUUUCAGAUUUAAUUAA